GUUCGGGUUCUUUCUUUUUGCAGUCGACGUCAGGUGCCAGCAGUAUAUCUCAAAAGGCUGCAGUUGCCGCUUUAGGAAUGGGAUAUGCUGGUGGAGAGGCAGUGUCAGUUAUGGUCAAGGCAUUCCAAGAGCGGAGAGAUUUUCUGGUUAAAAGCUUUGGAGAAAUGGAGGGAGUUAAAAUCUCGGAGCCUCAGGGAGCUUUUUACCUCUUCCUUGAUUUCAGCUCUUACUUCGGAUCGCAGAUCGACGGGUUUGGUGCCAUUAAUGGUUCCGAGUCCCUGUGCCGAUAUUUGCUUGACAAGGCUCAAGUAAGAUCUUCGACUCUUCGUGCAUGUUCCCUGCUGAAAAUAAAAGUUAAAACACCUUAAUCUAAAAACACUUGU